CCUCAAGGACUGCUUAGCUCAAGGAAAUUUUAUACUAUUUUUUGAACAAUAACUCCUUCUAUCAUUAGGGCGAAACUACCGUUUCUCAACUUGUCUUUGUGCGUCCGGUACUAGUAAUGUCGGACAGGGCAACGCGUGGAUUUUGAACUUUUUCCUUCUUGUAGCAACGGCUUCUUGAAGCAUGUGUCCCUACCCAGAUUAAAACGUCAUACUGCUGUCAGGUUUUCUGGUAACCCCAUCUGCUCUUUCCUAAGAAGCCCAUGACCUUUCAAAACAGGUUUUAUAGAGAUGUGACAGGUCUGAAUCGUUCAGUCAAGGCUGACGCGACGUUCAUGUGUAACCUCGCUAUGAAUAUACCUAGAGGCCCCUUAGUUACUCUGCUUAUUUUUAUAUUUUCCCAUACUUGUAACUGCGGGAAUAUUGAACGUGGCGGACAGAGUGUAGAUGGCAACUGCGAAGUUCAAAAUGGGGACUCGGGUGAUCUGAUUUUUUCAAGAUUCGACCUAGGAUCUCCAGAAAAGCUGCUAGAAAAAAAGAACAAAAGCCGUGUGUGCUUCCCGUCACCCUCCUCUAACGUGGAAGCAUAUUCUGGAUUCAUUAAUGUCGACGAACGUGGAAACUCUUCUUUCUUGUUUUUCUUGCACAUUAAAGCACAAGAAGAUGCUGACAAAAAACCCCUUCUCUUGUGGCUACAAGGUGGUCCUGGAAAAUCAUCCCUGUUUGGACAGUUUCUCGAAAAUGGGCCUCUUGGAAUAAGCUCCAGUGGCGAGCUAUUUUACAGAAACCAUACUAUUACGAGAGACUUCAACGUGGUUUACUUGGACCAACCCACUGGUACUGGAUACAGUUUCAACGACAAAAGAAAAUAUAGACGCACCCUCAAUGAGACGUCAAUAGACAUCAUGUGGUUUCUGCGGCGGUUUGUGAGAAUAUUUCCAGAGUACAACCAAAGCGACUUCUACAUUGCCGGGGAAUCGUACGGAGCAAGGUUCGCUAUCGGAUUGUCUAGCAAAAUACUGACGGCUGAAAAGCCCCGGGUUCCUCUGAGGCUGAGAGGAGUGAUGCUAGGAGCUGGAUUCCUGUUCCCACUUUUGGACUUAAUCAACUCCACCGAUUAUCUCUAUUCUUCUGGAUUACUGGACGAACGUGGCCGAGGCAUUUUCGCUGCACGAUUACAGGAGAUCAAUGCCUUUGUAAUGGAAAAAAAUUAUACCGCGGCUGCUGCACUGAUCAUGCACACUGUCUUGAACAUUGGUAGCAGAGACAGACCAACAUUAUUCCAAAACCUCACCGGCUUUAAGCACCACGGGAGCAUCGCAAAGGCAGAGAGGAACGAAGAAGUUACUGCUUACUAUAUUUACGCAAACAGCUCCAUUUUCAAGAACAAAAUUCAUGUCAGCACCUCCAGAGUUCUCGAUAGCAUGAGAUCUGAAGUGGUAAAGGCACUAGCUAUGGGUGAUGCCCUCCACGAUCAUCAAUAUACUGUAGAAUAUGUUCUGAAUAGGACGCGUGUCCUCUUUUAUACGGGGCAGUUCGACGCCAUUUUUCCCGAAAUGAAUAUGGAAAGGUGUUUCAGACAGCUUCAUUGGCGUGGCUCUGAGGUGUUCAAUGGCGCGGAACGUGUGUUUUGGCACCGAGAGAACGAUACUUCGCAGGAGCUUUUCGGUUACGAGAGAAGAGCAGGGGCACUAAGGUAUGCCAAUGUGCUCUUCGGGGGCCACUACCUUUCAUUGGAUCGUUCCUUUGCUGUAGCCGAUUUGUAUCGCCGGUUUUUGGCUUCUCAUAAUAAGCCUCAUCCAACUACCACACAAAUGCCUGCGUGCUAAACGGCAUUUAUGGCAUUGUGAAGACCAACAAUACGAAAUUUAUGUUACAACAGCUUCUUUAACGACAGUCUUCACCUGCAAAUGUAAAUAUUUUCCCGGAUGAUCACUCAACUUAGCUGUUAUAGGCCAAACAUUCAGUCCUCAGCAUGUAUUCCUUGGCACUAAUUUUAUUGAUGAUCCAGCUUGCGCCUUUUCUUUACAACGUGGAGAAACCAUAUCAGCCUUUCGUAAUAACUUUCGCUGCAACAACUAUGUAUCUAGGUUUGCCUUCAGGAGUAGUCAUUGCAAAUCUAUCCUUCCUUCUUGUUGCGCACACCCGUCUCGGCAUCCGCCUUUCAGCCAGAUCCGUCAUUAAAAUGUUAACAGUCAUCCAAGUCGCUACAUGCUCAUAUACAUGGGCACAAAAGGUAGUGGUACCACUGCUUCGUUUGUGACAGAAAGAAGGGCAUUUGAUCCUGCCUUGCAGCCUUCUUGCGAUCAUCAUAAGUGAUCAAACUGAACACUCACAGCUUCAGGAAUUUGCGUAAAUGUUGAGCAGUGACUUCGACACACAAUACAUGAUGACAACAACAAUAAAAUUAUAUUAAACAACAUUGGAUGUUCUGUAUCUGUGAUAUUUCCAGGCUGUGUGUACGAAACGCGUCAAAAAAUUUGUUUUGAGAACCCUUUCUCCUGGUCAUUUUUCUUUUACUCGACAAGUUACAUGACGUUUAAUUGUAUGCAUAAAUAUAUUUCUUUCUCCCGAAAUCUUAAAAUACAAAGUCAUAUGUCAUCCACAAGUGUAAAACACUGUAACUAACUGGAAUGAAUCUCUCAAAGGGAGCGUUUCAAUUUAUACCUUAUGCUAAUGGGAAGAAUAUUAACAGCAGCGCAUAAAUUUUGCCGUCUGACAUGUCGAGAUAAAGGAGCUAUUUUUAACAUUAUUUUGUCUUCCAACCUAUGGCUAUCUCCCUCAUUGCUAAUUAAUAUAUUUACAUCCUGAUUUAAACCUCAUUUUCUAGCCUCCGUUUAUUUAGAUUAUUUAUAGUUGUCCGACCUUUUUUUCUCACGUUCUCUCCACUUUUGAAAAGGCAUUCAGUAUUCGUCCUUAAUACUUUCAGUUCACAAUUGCACUUUUUUUUACUUACCAGGAUACUUUUUCCCCCUUCUACUCGAUCUACGUUGUAAAUUUCAUUUUUUCUUUAUUUUGUUUGCUGGUUCGCUUUGUUUUCGCUUUUUGAAAUAUUUCAAGCCUAUUUUCUCUUUUGCCCACUUUUCCAUAUGAUUUACAAUGUCCGUAAAGGUGGAGUGGAGUUGCAGUUGCGAACUUGAUUUCAUACUUGUCAAAAGAAAUGUACACAUGCCUAAAUUUUCACCAAAUGACUAUGCACAAACUUUGUACUUACCGUUUUAGAAAAGAAAGAAAAUUUAAUAUUUGAAUAAACAUUCGGAGGCCGUUUUUAUCGAACAUUCGUGUAAGACUUGAUUAAGAAAUGGCUUAGAAGAACAUUUUCUUGUGCGAGUUGGUUCAUAACUGAGGAGAAAAAACAGUCGAGACGAGUCCACAUGACUGGCGCUUACUUCCAACUGAGUUUUACUGAAGAAACAUGAUAUUCAUAGGCACAGAACGAGACCAGCAUGGGGAAUCACACUCAUGAUAAUGCCCCCAAAUCUCAAAGGCACCGUGACCCCCCAAGACAGCCACAUCAUAAGCAUGCAUCAUGACAGAGCCACGCAGACCAGUUUGACAAAGAAGACUAGAUACAAUAGAUGUAAUCGG